AUGGCGGCAACUUUAAAUGUUGUUGCAAAACUUUUCGCAACAGCACUUAUCCCAACGACAUGCAGCGACUUAUUUUUCAUUGGAAAAAGUAACUUUGCCAACAACUUUAAAUUUUUUAUAACGACAAAAAUCGUUGCAAAAUAUCUUUUUAAAGUCGAUUUUGAGAAGGCUUAUGAUUCGGUUGAUUGGGGUUAUUUGGAUGAUGUUAUGGGGAGAAUGGGUUUUCCAACCCUUUGGAGGAAGUGGAUUAAAGAAUGUGUGUGUAAGACAACUGCUUCGGUUUUGGUUAACGAGGGCUUACAUGUGUUGAUGGAAGCCAUGGUGGAGCGCAAUAUGUUUACGGGGUACAGUGUGGGUGAGCUUGCACAAGUGUCGGUGUCGCAUCUUCAGUUUGUUGAUGAUACGUUGUUGAUGGAGACUAAGAGUUGGGCGAAUGUCCGGGCUCUGCGGGAUGUCCUUGUGUUGUUCGAGUCUAUGUAUGGUUUGCGAGUGAAUUUUCACAAAAGCAUGCCGGUUGGGGUUAACAUCCCUGACUCUUGGUUAGGUGAGGCGGCGUCAGCUCUGUGCUGUAAAGUAGGGAAGAUCUCUUUCCUUUAUUUGGGUCUUCCUAUUGGGGGUGAUCCGAGGCGUUUAUGUUUUUGGGAACCGGUUUUGGAUCGUCUAAAGAAUCUCUUAUCGGGUUGGAGGAGUUGA